UCCCUGCCACUCCUCCUCUCUCUCAUUUCCCUUUAAUGGAUCCAUAUAUUCUCAAGUCAGGCUGUGGAUACUGACCUGUGCUUGUCAAUACUUUCUCUCCUGUUAAUUUUCUGCUUGGAUGUAUGUCCUUGUUGUCCUAGUAUGACCUUCGUUUUUAUUGUGCUGGCAUGUGUGUUUUUACCACUCUCCCUCUUCCGCCCUCUCUCUGUAUUGUUGUGUUUGCAUGUCCUCUAAUUUGUCCCUCUUUCUUGCUCUCUCCAUCACUAUUGUUAACACUUUCUCAAGAGACUUCUCAAUGUUUGCUUGCAGAACUGGAAUGUACCAAAACCACACCAAAGACACCAACAACAACUGCAAUAAACGGCUUCUUUGUGACCACAAGGAAAAGCUUAUCCAGGCUAUUAAAAGAAUCAAGCACGAGGUAGAUGAGUGCAAAGAAGCAGAGAGAGAGACGUGCGUAGAGUCACUGGAAGUAGAGAACAGUUUUGAUGCCCUGGAACGAGAAAUCAGAGCCGAGUUUCAGAAUCUUCAUCGCUUCCUGGAUGAGGAGGAGUAUAAGGACCUGGAACGAUUGAGGAGGGAGAGACAGAAACAACUGAAGCAGCUGAAGGAAAGAGAGAAGAAAAUAGCAGAGCAAGGGAAAGACCUGGAGAGAGCCAUCGCUGUACUCAACAGCAAACUGGCUGAGGAAGACAGUCCCAAACUGCUCAAAGAGAUUCAAGAUCUUACAAAAAGAUCUCAGGUCAGCUUUGUUCUCCCAGCGGAGGUGGAUACUGAGGUGCGCUCCGGCCAGUUUGUGGGGCCCAUACAGUACAGGAUAUGGAAGCACAUGAAGAGCUGCCUUUACCCAAAUAUUACAUCAAUGACCUUUGACCCCGAGACAGCCCAUCCUAAUCUGUCUGUGUCUGAGUCGUGCAGCUCAGUGUGGUUUGAGGAGGCUAAGGACACAAAGGAUUGCCGGGCCAACCCACGACGUUUUCACUAUUAUUACUGCGUGUUAGGCCAUCAGGGCUUCACCACAGGCCGACACUACUGGGAGGUGGAGGUGGGAAAUAAGACAGCAUGGAGGUUGGGCGUAGCACAAGAAGAUGUCCCAAGAGGGGAGAUGGCUGCUACUGGCACCUCCUGUGGCCUCUGGACCCUGGCCCUGAAGAGUGGAUCCAUCAUGGCUUGCACAGACCCAAUGCCCACCAAGGUCAAAGUGUCUGUCAGUCUUGUCCGCAUCGGUGUGUUCUUAGACUGUGAAAAGGAGGAGGUGUCUUUCUAUAAUGCUGUUACAAUGGCACCAAUCUACACCUUCUCUAUGGAGACAACUGGGGUCCCACUGUUCCCCUUUUAUAAUCCAUGUGACACGGAUAAUGGGAAGAACACAGCAGAACUGAAGAUCUUUAAGCCUUCGCUAUGAUAAGGGGCUGUUCUCACCAGCUUGAACACUGAUGGUCAACAGUGUAGAGAUUUCCAAUGCAAAUAUUAUAUGAGUAGUAUUAUUAGUGCAUUUAAAGCUGAAACAAAUAAUCAAUUAAUGAGCUAGACAACUAAAAGAAAGCAUACUGGCAACACUUAAAGAUUUUAUUUUGCCUUAUGUGACAAUAAACUGCAUAUUUGAAGAUUUGAAGAGGAUUUUGUGAAACUGUGAUGGGCAUUUUUCUAUCUAUGAUGAACAUACUGUUAGCUGCAGCUUUAAUUAUAUAUUGUGCUUACAACUUGUGGUAAAUGCAGAAACUUCACAAUAAAUACCUUUAAAAGAAAAGACAUAAAACGUGGCUGCUA